AGAAUUAAAACACAUUUUGCUAAUUUACAUUCAGUGUUGUGAAAAAUGUUUUCCAGGCCAGAUGUUUCCUUUGGUGAAGUCCGUCGUCAUCAUUUGGGACAGAUGAGCUGUAGAUCCUGUGCUGACAUCACAGACUCCUCCCACUGGGAGUUAAUGGAACCCUCUGUCACCGUGGAGAAUAAUGGAGUUGUGGUGUAUAAACACCGCUCUCCCUCAGGAAGCUUUGAAUGUGCGGUUUCGGGCUUGCGCUGGGUUUGUGCCAACGACGUCAAUGUGCAGUAUCAGUUCGGUAAUCCGGAUAUGUUCAGAGCUGAUCUUGCCAUGCUGCAGUACACACCCAUCGGCCCCCUGCUGGACAUCCGGGUGCUGGCGGGGGAGCUGCUGGAAGCCCACUUGCCCCACUUCGCCUGCCUGGGAGGCUCCGGGCCGUCACUCACAGAGGCUGUAAGGGUUUUGCAUGGGUCAGAUGGCACACUCACUCUGGAGCAGUGCGAGCUAACGCGCUACCAUGCCAGGCUGCUGAAGCCAUCCUUCUCGGUCACAGAAGUUAUGGUGAAAUUCGGAAUCCCAGUGAAAAGUCACCUUGAUGUCAUGAUCUACCGGACUAGGUUCAUACCACUGACCUUCUAUGUAUACGCCGUGCCACGGGAUGCUUCCAUGAUCCAAGCAGUGGAAGAGGAGUUAGGAGACCACCAACAUGCGAAGAAGAUUAAAAAAAUUCGUCCAGACGUGUCCAUGUGGAUGAACUCCAGGCUAAGCCUCACGUCCAGCUGUCCAGCUGAAAUCUCCCCACCGGGGAUCACUCUGAAGUACAUCAGACCUCCAGACUUCUUUGAGGUGUUCAUGGAGAACCCAAAAGAGCGCUUCGACCUGGAGCUGAAGUGCAAAGAGCAGUGCGUUUGGAAAGCCACUAUGCGGAUGGUGGAGUACGAUGACACUGCUGAGGUGAUGGCUGCUUCGGCAGCAAGAGAUUCCAAGGGAGCAGUAUUCCGCGGAGCGUCACACCGCCUAACGAGCACUGAUGCCAGGGAAACUGGGGCAGCUGGGAAGCUAACGAACAAAGAUCUGCUGUUCAAGCUGCGUCUCGGCCUCAUCCAGAGGCUCUCGGGAGGGACGCUGAGAGACGUGUUGGAUGGCCUUCAGCGCGAGAGAGUGAUCAGCCAGACGGAGGCGGGGUAUGUCCUUGAGAGGAGCAGAGUGCGUCGGGAUCAGAUGACAUCACUGGUGGACAUGGUCUUCAACAAGGGAGAGGCGGCCUGUGACGUCACGCUCCACCUUCUGCAGGAACUGGACCCCUACCUCUACAUGGACCUGUCGUCUCCACCAAUUUUAUCCAGCGCUGACAUCAUCUCAUCCAUCACCUUCAUCACAGGCUCCAGCAAGAUCAUGCGUCGGGUUUGCAGCUCUGCAGCACUCGCCACCCCACUCAACAGACUCAGCUGA